GUUGGACUCCUGCCUCCCGUUCCGUCCUCUCACUCACGCUGCUGGUAACAAAGAGCAGACAACAACAGGGGGAUGAUGGGCGCUCACGCCACAACCCUGUCACACAGACAAUAAGAUUUUAACCGCGUUGUCUCCUAUUUUUUUCUCACUAUUUUUAAGACAUUUCUCCACCGCGAGAUCAGAGUUGAACGUAAACUACAGCGACGCAGCUGCGCCCCGGGACGACUUGGACGUGAAGCUUUCUUCCUCGUCAGAUCUAACCUCAGUAUGGGGGAGCACCAGCUUUAGAGCCGAAUCACUGCAGGGACACAUCCAGACACGUCUCAAUCAAACCGGUGAACAUGACUUGCUCAGGCUGACCUGCGUCCUCAAAGCCUGGCCUCUGAUUGGUCAGGGUGACGCGCUGUGACAGAAGACCACCCCGUCCACCCAUCAUGUCUGUCGAGGAGCCCACGCCUCCUUCAUUCCUCAAACUCGAGGCCAAGUCAAAACCGGACAUCCCUCCAAAGCCCCCGACGCAAAGCGCCCACCCCUCUCCGGAGGACGGCGACGGCGGCGCGAGGGGGAAAGUCAAGAGGAUCGUGCACAAGUUCAGCCUGCAGGACUCCGUGUCGGAGGAGCACCCGGCCACUGAGGCGGCGGACGCCGCGCAGAGCAAGCGUCUGAAGAGCCCGCCUCCGGUGAAGCCCAAGCCCUCCCGCGUCAGCCAGCAGCUUCAGGCGCCGCCGCUGCCGGCCAAGACGAGGGGCACGCUGCAGAAGCAGAAGGAGUGCGUGCAGGGGGGGGGGGCAGAGGGCGUCGGUGCGGCCGGACGCCGCUCGGCUCCUGAUGGAAAGGAGGUGGAGGUCCUUCCUGUCGGGGGAGGUGAGGCGGAGGCGGAGCACGGCGCAGGCCCGGCCCAAAGCCCCUGCUGCGAGCCAGGCUGCAGCUGCAUGUGCCAUCGUCAUCGACCGGGCAUGAAACUGGUCUGGGUGCCCGUGGACGCGGAAGAGGAAGAAAGAGAGGACGAGACCAGCGAGGGAAGUCAGAAAGGGGAGGACGGGGGGGAUUUGGAGGAGAGUGAUGAGUUUGAAGAUGGAGAGGAAACUGGGGACGAGGUGGACAUGACGUCUGUGAGUGAGGAGAGUCAACUGGUGAAUCAGGACAAAGCAAAGUUCCACCAGUCGUUGGACAUUCUGAUAUCUGAGACUCAGAGGAGGCGCUCGGACCCGGGCCCUCACGCAGUUUUCAACUCCCUUGGCAUCACUCGCUCUCACUCUCCCCCCGUUCCUCCGAAACGAACUCAGUCGCCCUGCGUCAACCAGAAACCAAACGACGACGAGGAGGAAAGCAUUUACGAGUUAGUGCUUCAAGUGAUCAACCCCGCCCCCAAGAAGGAGGUGGAGCCUCCUCUGGUCAAGGUGCGCAUGCCGGCGCGGCGGUCCAAGCUGGCCUCCGCCCCCCCGGAGCACAUGAACAGCAGCACCGAGCCCGCCUCAGGCCUGACGGAGGCCCCGCCGGCCAUCCCGCCUCGCAUGCCCACGGCCCCAGACACCCACAGCCACAACCCGGUGCACCGAGGCGGCAUCGCGCUCCCCCAGCCCACCCUGGAGGAGUGGCGCGCCCUCCUCCCCUCGUCCCACAGCAGCCCCCCCGCCCCUGUCCCAACAGGGAGCCCCCUUGUGCCCCACCGCCCUCCGCCACCGCCACCCAACUCCAGGCGGGUCAGCACUGCCUCGUCACAGUACCUCACGUUAAAGAAAGAUGGAGACGAGAAUGGAGAGAGCGAAGGAGAGAAGGAAGCAGAUGAAACGACGUUAAGGAGGGGAUCGAUUUUGAACUGGCAGUCCCGCCUGCAGGACGAGCCUCUGUACCAGACGUACCGUGCCACUGUCAUCCACAAGGAAAUCAAGCGCCAGACAGUUUGCCGCAACAUCAGUAAAGCGAGCGGGGACUUUUCUGUGGACGUGACCAGCCUUCGCAUUGGUAACGGAAAUGGGACUUUACCUGGGAAGGUUAGCCCUGUGCCCAGUGCGGCCCAGAGCACCCUGUGGCAGGACCUCCCAGCCGUACGGGACAGCGGAGUUCUGGAGACGCUCACAUCUGAUCAGUGCAAGUACCAGGAGAGUAUGUUUGAGGUUUUGACUUCAGAGGCCUCUUACCUUCGCUCCCUGCGAAUCCUCAUCGAGCACUUCAUGGAGAACAGGGACCUGGACGAAACGCUAAUCAUCAUGGACAAGAAAACCCUCUUCUCCAACAUCCUGAAGAUCCGAGAGGUCAGCGAGAGUUUCCUCAAGGACUUGGAGGAGCGCAUAUUCCAGGAGGUGGUCUUCAGUGACAUCUGUGACAUCAUUUUCUACCAUGCACAGCACAAGUUUCAUGCCUUCAUCGACUACGUUCGCAACCAGAUUUACCAGGAUCAGACCUUCAGCACUCUCAUGAAGUCCAACCCGCAGUUCGCCUCGGUCAUCGCGCGGCUGCAGGAGUCGCCGCAGUGCCAGCGGCUGCCUUUCAUGUCCUUUCUGCUGCUGCCCUUCCAGCGAAUCACGCGCAUCAAAAUGCUCGUUGAGAACAUCUUGAAGAGAACAAACGAGAAGACGAAUUCCGAGCUGAUGGUCUCCAAGGCCUUGGGUGCAGUGUCCAAGAUUAUUGACGAGUGCAACACGGAGGUGGGGAAGAUGCGGCGGAUGGAGGAGCUGAUCCAGGUGUCGAAGAUGCUGGAGUUUGACAAGCUCAAGGCCAUUCCCCUCGUCUCCCAGACCCGGUUUCUGGAGAAGAAGGGGGAGAUGCAGGAGAUGUCCAAAGGGGGCACUAUCUUCAACAUGAAGGCCAAGUUCAACCCCAUCCACCUGUUCCUCUUCAACGACCUGCUCAUCGUCGCUGUGAAGAAGAGCGCGGAGCGGUUCGUGGUGGUGGAUCACGCCCAUCGCUCCUUGGUGCAGGUGCAGCCGGUGGAGCUCAGCGGCGGCGGCGGCGGCUGCGAGCAGCUCUUCAACCUCACCUUGCUGGAAAACCACCAGGGGCGCAUGAUGGAGCGGUUGAUCAAGGUUCCCACCCAGUCGGACAUGCACAGGUGGAUGGCGAUGUUCCCCAGCCCCACCAACCCGGACGCACAGGACAACGAAGUGAUCUACGAGGACUGGGAUUGCCCUCAGGUGCAGUGCUUGGAGCAGUACGUCGCCCAGCAGGGGGACGAGCUCAACCUGGAGCCCACGGACAUCGUCAACGUCAUCCGCAAAUCCAACGAGGGCUGGUACGAGGGCAGCCGCCUGUCUGACGGCCAGAAGGGCUGGUUCCCCUCGGCCAACGUCGUGGAGAUCACCAACGAGCACGUGAGGCGGCGGAACAUCCGGGAGCGCUACCGGGUCAUACAGGCCGCGAGUCUGGUCACCAACAAAAUGGGCAGCGCUCAGUAGGAUCCGGAUGUUUACAUGUAAUCACUAGGGAUUUCAGGCGCAAAGCCUCUCUUUUUAGCCGACACGUCUGUUUCCAGCGACCUAGGGAGACCCGGGUCAUGCCUCAUUUCUACCACGGGAGCAGAUCACUGAGAGAUGAGUGUUUACCUUCAGCCACAGAUCGUCAGUUCCCAAUGUUUGGUGGCUGUUCGUCGGGGCCUCGUACGAGUCCUGACGCAGUAAGAAGCAGCAACGUUACACCAAGUCACCUUCAUUCACAGUAUGUUCAACGUUCCAAAGGUCACCACUGUCUACACAAACAGGUGGAGGGAGCUUUACACUAAAAACACUGGGGCCUUGAUUAGAUUAGCUCGGACCGCACAAACCUCCCGUUGGCUCGAGACCCAUGUUUAGGUACACGUUUUCACCGCUGCCGUUGUUAAGGCUUUAACAAAGAACAGCUCCAGGUUUAACGCGACUCAUUGGGGAGGUUUUACUUCUUACUGUAUAUAUGUCAAAUAGCCUUUUUAAUAUCUUCCCAUCUGCCGCAGAGGAUACGCGAGAAGAAUUUUAAUUGCCUAAUUUCCAGGACAAUUGUUUACAACAAGCAAAACCUGCAGGACUCGAAACAAGGAUCGCACUGUGAGUCUCCUCACUCCUGACUGACAUAGCGAUCAUUCCAGCCGCCGUUCGACCAGAUUGCAGUAAUGCCAGACGUGCUGCAAAGAAAAGCCGUGGGUGUUGCAGUCGACGCCCCCGUACGUGAACGCAUCUGACUGCCACACGCACGUCUAUGCUGAAGUCCCAGAGUUCACCAGCAUCACUCGGCCAGUCGCACGCAUUCCUGUAAUAGCACAAAUACCCAGAGCAAAAAGGAGCGCGUCCCACCACAGGACAAAAAUACUCAAUCAGGAAGUGCCUUCAAAAGGACUCGGCCCAAAAGGGCUCUGGUGCCCAGAUCAAGCAGAAGAACUCAAAGUGCAGCUGUAGAGGCUGCGAUGCGUUCGCUGACUACUUCACUGCCAGGACCCCAGGCCGUCGCUCCCCCUGCAGCACGCCGAGAGUACUGUAAAUAUGUGCCAGUAGUGCUUUUAAUAUAAGAAUCUGUGUUUUUUAGCUACAGGAUGGAUGUUUUAAGUAACAGGCUCAAGUGGGGAUUAUUUUUAUUGAACACUAAGAAAAGAACAAGGUUUGUGCAAUACAGGCAUGAAAAUACUGGUUAUUUAAAGUGGGAAAUAAAUUCUCAUUCUUGGAAAAAAA